GUAGUACCUACUAAAGCCGGCACUGAUCAGACUAUAAAAUAACAUAUGUACAUAUAGUUAAGUAAAGGUGGAAAAAAUAACAUUGAGUAUAAAUUGCUAUACUUAAUUCACAUACUUCAGAAGUAAAAGGAAACAAAAGACGAUAUCUACCACGUAUAUAGUUAACGUAGCUAUCUUAUCGCGCAUGAUAUCAUUGUUAUCAGUAUGGACGAAUUGCUCCAUUUCUACUAUGCGUCAGUGCAGUUUGAGAUUCGUAUAACAAAUACCCAACACAGGAUGCAUUCGAUGAUCAGAAAAUCAUGCGGGGGUUAAUAUUAUUGACAUUGGCCUGGCAUUUUGGUGUUAUUUCGAGUGCGAUCUGCCCCAAAGAAUGUGAUUGUGACAUGGACAAUGGCUUGAACACGGCCGUGUGUGUCGAUCAAAACAUCAUCGGCGUAGAUGUGGGAGUACCUAAAGAGGUUCAAGUGUACAGUUUGAGUCAAAAUGUGAUAAGUGAACUGGAUAACUAUUGUUUUAAGGAAAUUGGAUACAUUUCGCUAGAAUACUUGGAUUUGUCGUACAAUCUUAUAUUCUGGAUUGGCUUACACGCAUUCGCAGGAUUAACCCUACUGACGAACCUAGACCUUAGCAAUAACAUACUGCGGCACAUUUCAUCGGAGGUGUUUUGGGAAACACCAAGGUUGGAAAUAUUAGAUUUGUCAUCCAAUGUUUUUGAGGAAGUGAAAAACGAACCGUUGAUUAUGCAUGACAAAUUGCAGGUGCUAAAUCUUAACAAUUGCCGCAUCAAGUCGUUACCACAAAGACUCUUCAGCAGACUGCCGAAUUUAAAGAAACUCGACUUGAGCGAAAACUAUAUCGUCACCAUCACGAUAGAUGUAUUGAAACCGAUACGAAAACUGGAGAGAUUGGAACUGAGAAACGAAUACUGGCAGUGCAACCCUGAUUUUAUUGCAGUCGAAAACUGGAUACAUUCCAACAACAUAAAAUACGAGAAGCAAUGCAAAAAGAAAGCUCCGCAUAAAUCAGAGAAAAUGAUAUCAAUGGUUGUAGAAAGAGAAUCUGUAGAUAUCAAUAAAGUUUGGAAUAUAACUAUUGAACAAAAUGAUACUGUAACAAUUAAGCCGAAAGAUACGGAACCAUUGACGCCGUAUCAGAAGUUCGAUAGGGACUUUUCAGCCGUCCAAGCUUUCGUGAUUGGUAUUGAAAUCGGUUUGGCAAUAGGUAUAGUGGGGACGUAUUUGUGGUUAAAUAGAGUUUGCGCCUGUAAUUUAAUUUGCACCCGACAACGAAUGCAAAGACGACGUAGAAUCCACAGAACGGAAAAUGACAUAAGAGCGAAUUUACUCUGGAACAAUGUUAGAAGUCCGGAUUUAGAGACUCCGCCGUUGUAUCGCCGACAGCCUUCUCUACCAGAUCGUAGUCCACCUUCCCCAAUAUUUGGUAUAGCAGGUUUACAAGUGGACGCCAUACGAGAUGAUAAUAGGGCUGAGACUCCACCUCCACCGUAUAAUGAGUGUCGUUUGAAUAUUUGAUGUAAAAAUCCUGCGUUCUCGACACGCUCACUGAUAUUUCUUACAUUAUCAAUGUUAUCAUGCUUAACUCAAAUAGGCAGUAAAUUUAAUUAUGUGCAGUAGCACAUUUUCGGGUGUUAGCCACGUACGGUAAGAGGUGCUUUUUGGCGCCAAAAUUUCAUUUUCAAAGUUUCAAGUUAUUGUAACCACCAACUACGAAGGACGAGUCAAGUAAAUUUUGUUUAUAAAAUUGUACACAUCUGUAAUUUUGGUUCGACUUAGUUGCCGGGACCUAGUACAGAAUUGAAUAGAAUAUAAUUGAGUUUCUAUAGAUGUCCUAGCGUUCAAAAACUCCCAUGUCAAGGACGUUGAUGUGAUAUAAAGUUAUGAAUAAAAACAGUUUGUGAUUUCAGUAUUGCAGAGUAAUACAAAGUCGCAGUGUUAUGAAUAUUUGACUGAUUUAAAUUAUACCUAUAAACAUAAUAUAUUAUUUCUAGAUUUAAGCAUGUAUUUUUAUGAUAAACUAGAAUGAUAAGCUAGAAAUAAACUAGGCCUUAGGUAACUUUUACUUUUAGGCUAUUUUUACAGUGAAUUGAUGACUACGAGUACUUUAAGAGCUCAUGCAUAUUUAUAAUUUAUUAUUGUGAUAGAAUCACCGAUAUUAUAAGUUAUUUAAGAUCUAAAACAAAACAAAGGGCUUUUAUAAAUCGAAAUAAAAAAAUCAGAGAAGCAAAAA